AUGUCGGGUGGGUUGGAUGGAUCAACAACUCAGCAAGAUGAUCAGAAUGUUGAAUUGAAGGAUCAUCAGAAUACAAAUUCCAUUGAAGAUGAUGAUACUAAUAAGAAUAAGAAUAAUAUUGGUGAUGGUAAUGAUAAUGGUAAUGGUGGUAGUGAUGGAUAUUAUUGUGUGGUGAAUGAGGAAGAAUUGGGAGAAAAACAAUUCUUGCAAAGUUAUGAAUUGAAUGAAGAGAAUUAUGCAAUGUUUAAAGCUGUGAUUGAUAAUUUUGAUCCAGAUGAUGGUCUGAAAGAUCAGAUGAAAGAAAAAAAGUUGAGAGUGGCUGAUUUUACAUUCGAGUUUGUGGAGAGAAGAUUUAAAAAGUAUCACGCUCAGGAUAAAUAUGCCACUUAUCAUUAUCGAGAAGGUUUAACAAAUGUUGGAAUUUUACUUGGCAUGACGCUUUUAAUUAUUGGAUUUUUAUUGCUUUCUGCUUUGCCUAUUUGGGCAAUUGAAGGUGGAAAUGAAUAUUUGGAGAGAAUUCGAAAUAACGGGUCGACCUUAGUUGAAAAUGGUACUUUGGUGAGAUUGGAUAAGUGGACAUAUGGAAAUUCUGUUUACUAUUGUCUUGUGACAUUUACUACAAUUGGUUAUGGUGAUAUGGCAGCUUCAACUCGUAAAACCACUACAGGAUUUGUAAAGAACAUUCUCUUGUUAAUUUCUAUGGGAAUUUACGCACUUGUUGGACUCAUAAGGAAAACAGACGUGAAAAUGAAGAAAACUGAUUUGGUUUAUAGAAUUCUUUUCAGUUCAUCAGUUCAAUUAGGAUACUAUACAUUUUUCUGGUUGGCCUAUGCCUUUACUUGUGCUGCAAUUAUGAUGGCACUCGAAGGAUGGACUUAUAAUGAAUCUGCGUGGUAUGUCUUUGUGACCUUGGCAACAAUUGGAUAUGGUGAUUUCUAUCCUACAACUCAAGGAGGCAAGAUAUUCUUCAUGUUCUUUGCUAUUAUUGGACUUGGGUUUGAAUCUAUCAUGAUUGGAUUAAUUGCAGAAGUUAUCGUCGAUUGGAUUCACAGCAUUAAGAAAAAGUUCAAUGUUUGGAAAAGAAAGAGGAAAGAAAACAAGAAUAAAGCAGCAACACAUUAA